AUGCAACCAAACAGAACAACGACUACUUCAACUGCGACUACAAGUACUUCAACAACGUCAACUACAAGUACUUCAACGACAUCAACGACGACAACGACAACAACUACAUCAACUACAACAACAACAACUACGUCAACUACAACAACGACAACUACGUCAACUACAACAACAACAACAACGUCAACUACAACAACGACAACUACAACAACGACAACUACGUCAACUACAACAACAUCAACUACAACAACUUCGACGUCAACUAGCACUUCUACAACCACAACGACUACGACUGUCUACGAUGCAUGUGCUCAUCUUCGAUGGAAUCAAACUGGUAAAGUAAUUGCAGGCACAGGAUCAGCUGGUUCUGGUUCUACUCAAUUUGAUAAGUCAGCAUGUUUGGUUAUCGAUGCAAGCAAUACACUUUAUGUUUGUGACCAUCAUAACGAUCGUGUUCAAAAAUGGCUGACAGGUGCGACAAGUGGUAGCACAAUAGCUGGUACUGGUGCUGGCUCGGGUGCAACUUCACUUCCACAUCCUCAAUAUCUUACUUUUGACAAAAAUGGAUACAUGUAUGUUACCGGGCAUCAACUCAAUGAAGUUUUACGUUUUCCUCCCAAUUCAGCCGUUGGUACGACCGUUGCUGGGACUGGUAGUACAGGAACUUCACUUAGUAAGCUUGAUACACCUACAGAUAUGGUUGUUGAUGAUGAUUUAAAUCUUUAUGUCAUCGAUUCAAAAAAUCAACGAUUGAUGAAAUGGCCUCCGAAUGCAACAAGUGGUAUCGUUAUGAUUAGUGAUUUCAAUAGUGAUGGGGUAGUUGGAAUCUUAUUUGCUCCUAAUUCAACAAAUGAAGUUUAUUUGAGUGAUAGUAAAACAAAUUCUAUAUAUCUGUGGAAAUUUAAUGAAUCAGCUCCGACUACAACUUUAACUCAAGUCAGUAGUACUAAAACUACUCUUAACAAACCACAAGGUAUCGUUUACGAUUCUUCUAAUAAUUUGUAUGUUGCCGAUAAUGGUAACGAUCGAAUAGUGCUGUAUUGUGUCAAUUCAACAGUGGGUAUUCCUGUAAUUGGAGAAAAUGGCACAACACCUGUGCCCAAUGCUCCCAUGGAUGUUGCAUUCGACUCGGAUCUCAAUUUGUACGUGGUUCUUGAUGGUGAUGAAGUGAUUAAAUAUACACUACUCUGA